CCCUUAAUGUUGCCAAUAGAUGCAUGCCAAGAAAAAUGCCUACAAUGUUAUCCAUAAUUGUGUUCAUUGUUCUAUUCUCUUCCAUGGCUCCAACCAUGAGCCAGGGCUUUGCCCCUGAUUUAUCUCCUCCCAUGAGCCAUGCCGUUGCCAUUGAUUUCUCUCCUCUCGUGAAAAUAUAUGUAAACGGGACGAUCGAGAGACUCAUAGGAAAAUCAAGCGUUCCUCCAUCGCUUGAUCCUAAAACUGGCGUUCAAUCUAAAGACGUUGCAAUCUCUCGAAGAAGGGGCAUAUCUGCAAGGCUUUACCUCCCCAACUCCGUCACCAACUCCACCACCAACUCAACCCAAAGCAAACUCCCUCUUCUUGUUUACUUUCAUGGAGGUGGCUUCUGUGUUGAACAUGCCUCUUCUCCCACAUAUCACAACUACCUCAACUCCCUAGUCACCGCGGCCAACGUUGUUGCUGUCUCUGUUGACUAUAGGCUAGCCCCAGAGCACCCUCUGCCUAUUGCUUACCAAGACUCAUGGGCUGCUCUCAAUUGGGUUUCUUCUCAUUUUGGUGGUGGAAACCGCUCCGAGGAGUGGCUUAGUAGAUAUGCAGAUCCACAGCGUGUGUUUUUCUCUGGUGACAGCGCUGGGGCUAACAUAGCACACCAGAUGGCUAUGAAAUUAGGCUCUGACAGAUUGAAUGGUUUUAAGCUGAAUGGAAUUGUGUUGGUGCAUCCAUUUUUUUGGGGGUCACAACCAGUUGGGGCAGAGGCAACUCUGCCUGUAGUUGUGAGCUUGUAUAUGACUGCAUUGUGGCGUUUUGUGAACCCUACGAGUUUUGGACCCGAUGACCCGCUUUUCAACCCGACUAUGGAUCCGAAAUUGAGGGAGUUGGGGUGUGGGAAAGUUCUGGUUUUUGUUGCUGGGAAAGAUGCGUUGAAAGAUAGGGGAUUGUAUUAUGGUGACGUACUCAAAAAGAGUGGAUGGAAAGGGGUUGUGGAGGUCAUUGAAUCAAAGGGGGAGAGCCAUGUAUUCCAUUUGUUCAGUCCCCCUAAUAAGAAUUCUGCUGCCAUGCUUGAGAAGAUUGUUUCCUUCUUGCAUCAGUCUUGAUUUCCAUAGCCUCCAAAGCGAAAACAUCUUACGUGUAAUCAGGUGUAUAAAACUGGUGGCUUCACCUUUUCUUAUUUGUUUUGUGCAAGUACCCUCUAGUUUUGUAAAUAAUGUGUAAGAUAGGAGGAUACCUAUGUGUCACUUUUUAACAUCUUGUA